AUGUUUAUCAUUUUAUCUAGUGAUUAUUACCGGAUAUCUGAAGAAACUUUAUAUCUACUGAAUCACUGUUUGCCUAAACUUUCUCCUGUUCCUCCCGUGUUGGUGCCUCAAGGUCAAUUAAAGCGCACAGCUUGUAAGAUAGCGUUGUUCUUCUGGCUGAAGUCACACACAUGUACUCCCAUCAGUAAAAGUUGGAUGAUGUUCGCGUACUCUCGGAUUAAUGUUGUAAGGUCUAUUCCGUUAAUAAGAAGCUAUGUUGGUUCGUGCUACUUAAGACUUUUUACGACUAAGUCAGAUGCAAAUGAAUCAUCAGAAAACUGCGUUGUUUCUGAUUUUCCACUGCUUAGUGAAGCUGUGAAUGCAAAAGACUUUGAAUUAGUAUCGAAAAUAGUUGUGGAACAGGAUCCCUUUGAGGUUAAACGCAUACGGAUCCCUAUAGAAAAUUCAAAGUCCUCUCCUAAUCUUAUUCCUUCACAGUCACACAGGCGAAUGGUUGGAUGCAUCUGUGAACCGGAAGCGGACUCUAUCAAUUGGCUAGAAUUAGAAAAAGGCGAUCCAGUUCAGUGUUAUUGUGGCCACUGGUUUAAAUUAGUCAAUUUUGAAGACUACUUUAAUAUGACUAAUCAAUAA